UCCAACUUAUGCGAGACAAGAGUAACAACAGGGUUUCUUCUGCCAAAUUAAAAUCAGAACAGAUCAGACAGCUCUUUUCGUACAUCCCUAUUUUAGGUUCGCUCCAAGAAAACAUCAAUAAUCGUCCACGACUAGAAAGCUCUGCUCUUCGUAUCUCUUCUUGAAACCCUAAUCCACCGUAAGAUUUGCAGUCUUUCACAGUACGGAAAACAUUACUUCCAGCGCGUUUGAUCUUCGACUCAGCAUAAUUCUCAUGGCAUAGAUCUUUGGGGCAAAAAUAAUUCUGAUAUUUCUUUUCUUCUCUCUUCUAUCUUAUGUUUUUCAGGUCCUGAUAUUUCAUAUCAGAGCAUCUACUGUCGCAGAAGAAUGGAUCACCAAGGAGGGUAUAGCGCAAACCCAUCUAUGGGGGUUAUUGGUAGUGGGGCUCAGUUGCCUUAUGGUUCUAAUCCUUACCAGCCAAGCCAAAUAUCUGGGGCACCUGGUUCUGUCGUUACCUCAGUUGGGACUAUUCAAACUACUGGUCAGCCUGCGGGAGCUCAGCUGGGACAACAACUUGCUUAUCAGCAUAUUCAUCAGCAGCAGCAGCAGCAACUUCAGCAACAACUCCAAAGCUUUUGGGCAACUCAAUACCAAGAAAUUGAGAGGGUAACUGACUUCAAGAACCACAGCCUUCCCUUGGCAAGGAUCAAGAAGAUUAUGAAAGCCGAUGAGGAUGUUAGGAUGAUAUCAGCUGAGGCACCUGUUAUAUUUGCAAGGGCAUGUGAAAUGUUCAUAUUAGAGUUGACCUUGCGUUCUUGGAACCACACUGAGGAAAACAAAAGGAGAACACUGCAAAAGAAUGAUAUCGCAGCCGCAAUCACAAGGACUGACAUCUUUGAUUUUUUAGUUGAUAUUGUGCCGCGGGAGGACUUGAAAGAUGAAGUGCUUGCAUCAAUCCCUAGAGGAACCAUGCCAGUUGCAGGGCCUGCUGAUGCUCUUCCUUAUGGCUAUAUGCCACCACAGCAUGCUCCUCAAGUUGGCACUGCUGGGGUCAUCAUGGGUAGGCCUGUAAUGGACCCAAGCAUGUAUGCUCAACAAUCGAAUCCCUACAUGUCACAACAAAUGUGGCCACAGCCGCAAGAGCAGCAACCAUCAUCUCCAGAUCAUUAGCAACUACUUAUCAUCAUUAUAAUGUAUCAUGGAAAUUAAGGUUAGUUGUGCCUACUUUUCUGAUGUUGAGAUGUUAGAUUGAAAGAUUGCUCAGAGAUCCUUAGCGAUCAGAAAGUGUAGCGGAUGGCUGUAUACGUACACGCAAAUCUUGUUUGUGUAGAUGAUCUGCUAGUAAAAACUUAUUUCACCUGGAUUUAAAGCAGAUUGGUGUUUUUUCUUAGUUUAUUUUUUGUUGUGCUCAGAUUGUUACAGUAUUUUACUGGUGUACAGUAGAAUUUUUACUCCCAAAUUUAGCUGCGUUGAUGAACGUUUUUUUUCGUUUA